AUGAGCGACGCCAAACACACCCUCCUGCCCCUCCUCCCCACCACCUCCGCCCUAACCUUCGGGACCUACACGCUGAAAUCCGGACGCCAAUCGCCCUACUUCUUCAACUCGUCGCUGCUGUAUACCGCCUCCCUGCACCACGCCGUCUGCAGCGCUUACGCCUCCGUUCUCACCUCUCCGCCCUUCACCUCCAAACCGCAAUCCCAGUACUCCUCCUCCUCCACCCUCUCCGAAUCCAGCAACCCUACCCCCAUCCCAAUCCCCACAUACGACGUCCUCUUCGGCCCUGCCUAUAAAGGUAUAGUGCUGAGCGGCAGUAUCCUCCCUUUCCUCCUCCUCCAAGCCCAGCACACCACCAACCCAACGACCAUCUCGCCAUUCCAUUCAAUAUCAUACGCCUACAACCGCAAAGAGCCCAAACCGCACGGCGAAGGCGGUUCCCUCGUCGGCUGCCCCGUCAAGGACAAACGCGUCGUGAUCGUUGACGACGUCAUCACAGCCGGCACAGCAAUCCGCGAAGCCGUCAACCUGAUCCGCGAGGAAGGCGGGAUCGUGGUGGGAGUGGUGGUAUUGCUGGAUCGGCAGGGGAGGGGGGGGGAGGAGGAGCCAAGAUCCGCAUUGGGGGUCGCGAGUGAGGAGUUAGGAGUCCCGGUCAAGGCGGUGAUAAGGUUUGAGGAUCUGAUUGGGGCGGUGGAAGAGGGGAGGAUUCCUGGGGCGGGUGAGGAGGAAUUGAGGAGGAUGAAGGAAUAUAGGGAGAGGUACCGGAGUCGUGAUUGA